AAACAGUUUGCUUUUUUGCCUUUCCAACAUGUGUGUGGUGGCUCAUUGAUCCAUAAGGAAUGGGUCCUGACUGCUGCCCAUUGUUUCAUGCAAAUCUCAGAGCCUAAGUCAUGGCAGAUGUGUUUUGGGAAACACCACAUGAACGCCAGUAUGGACAACUCCACAGAGGUGUGUGUUCCUGUGAACGCUAUCAUCUCGCACAAGGAUUUUGUCUACCCCCAGAUCAGUGACCUCUCAAAUGACAUUGCCCUGGUGCGACUGGCCAAGCCCGUGUCCAUGAAUCGAGAGAUCAGUCCAGUGUGUCUGCCUAAACCUGAGUCCCUAAUGCCUGCUGGUCACUUCUGCUACGUCACUGGCUGGGGAGAUGAAAAAGGCAGUAUAUUUCCUGUGGUGUCUAAGAAGCUGAACCAGGCUCCUCUCCCAAUUGUUUCCUAUGAGACCUGCAGUAAACCAAUAUACUGGUGGGACAGCGUGCGGCCUUCGAUGGUCUGCGCAGGGUACGAGUCGCCUGAUGAGCUCAAAUCUGCCUGCCAGGGCGACUCAGGUGGGCCAUUCGUCUGCAAAUCAGCUGACCCCGGCUCCCUUUGGGAGGUCCACGGCGUGGUGAGCUUCGGUGCUCGUGGCUGCAUCGUGGACAAAAAGCCGUCCGUGUUCACUCGAGUCUCAGCCUUCAACCACUGGAUAGAAGACAAUAUCAAGCAAUAUGUCUACGAAAACCCUCCAGCUGCUUAAGUCCUGACCUGAAAAAAGACUCUGUCUUGAUUUCUAGCCAUAAAUGUGCACCUUUCUUUUGUUUGUUUGCAUUUUCUUUACCACAAACCAUUACUAGACAACAUGGUGGAACUAGACACAGAAAGAAAGAUGGUGAUUUUAUUACAAUCACAGUAUGGUGGUUUAUUCAGUCACUUAUGCUGAUGUUAUGAAUUGAAUGUAGGAAGGAGAUUACCUAACAAAGAAAAGUUGCUAAUGCAAAAUAACUAAAACCGCCUUCUUUUUUUUUUUGCUCAUACAACCACAUAAGCCUCUUAUAAUA